AAAAGUGCGUUUAGAUUCCAGCCAAGACAUAUCACAAUGCGCUUCUUGAUCGCCUUAAGCUUCGUGGUGCUCGGGUGCUUCUACCUGGCGGAGGCAACUACCGCCACGACUUCGACCACAUCCGCCACGACCACCACUACCACCACCACUGCAGCCUCGUCAAGCGCCACUACCACUACCACCUCUUCAAGCGCCACCACUUCCUCCUCAUCCUCCUCCUCGAGUUCGGAUGCUGAGGCAAAACGCCGCAGACGUGCCCGCCGCAGGCGACUAGCUCGCGAGCGCCGCCGCCGCCAGGAGAGAAGGCAGCGCCAAGAAAAGCGAAGGCGCAGGAUGGAACAGCUACUCAAGAGGCAGCGUCGAUUGAUCCGUCAGUUGCAGGGAUAAUGGGACGGACGAUGGGAUUGAACUUAAAAAAAUAAAUAUAUUGAAAUAUAUCGAUCAUUA